AUGGAUAAUGGAAGGCUUAAGUUACGAUAUCUUAUUCGCAAUCCCGCUCACCUAAGACCUGAAAAUGAGAUCAGUCGUGUAUCAACAGGCGCACUUGAUGAUAUACGACGAGCGACUGACAUGGCAUACAAAGCAGUAGCUGAGUAUGGUCUCAAUCAAACCAUUGCCCCUGUGUCUAUAGCAACACUAUCUGCUGGUGGAAUGGAUGAUUCGGGGGGAGGUGCUCCUUGGGGAAGGGAUCAGGAGAGGUUAAAGCAUUGCUACUAA